AUGCCUUCUCCCGUGACGCAAGACGGCCGAACGGUUCCUUCCGUUUCGGCUGCGACGUUUCUCGCAACUGUCGCUUCGCUUCCAGUAUGGGCCUUGACAGUUUUGCCCCUUUCUCUAUUCUACCAGGCGGGCAAGGUAAUCAUGAAGCCUGUAUUGCCCAAAGCGGAACAACCUAGGCUUGAUACCGGCUAUCACGUGAGCGAUUCCGACAUAUUGCCACGGCGGGAACGCAAAUACGACAUGGUUGUGCUGGGUGCUACAGGAUUUACGGGAAGACUCGCCGUUCGGCACCUGGCAAAAACCUAUGGUGUGAACAAAUCUGUUAAAUGGGCCAUCGCUGGACGAUCUGAAGCGAAAUUAGAUAAAGUCAAAAGGGAGUUAGCUGACGAACUAGACAUUCAGGAGGUUGAAUCCAUCGAUACCAUUAUAGUUGAUACAACAAGAACUUCAUCGAUGCCGGCACUGGUUAAACAGGCCCGGUGUGUGGCUACAACGGCCGGGCCGUUUGCUUUGUUUGGAAGUCCGGUUGUGGAGUUUUGCGCCAAAUUCGGCACCCACUAUGUCGACAUUACGGGAGAGAGCGAUUGGGUCAAGGCGAUGAUCAUGAAGUGGGGCGAAACGGCACAAAAAUCCGGGGCCAGGUUGGUAACUUUCUGCGGACAUGAUUCCGUUCCAUGGGAUCUGAGUGUCAUGAAGCUGCAGGAAGCUCUUCAGAAAGAAUUCAAAGACGAUUUAACGAGUGUAACGUUCUGGGAUGAAGCUGUUGGUGGAGCUCCCGGUGGUACGAUUGCAACGCUUUUCUCUGCAGUAGAUGGCAAAAGUGUCAAGGCUCCACACGCUGACUUUGAUCCUUUCCUGAGAUUGAUGAAUGGCGAAAAAAGCGAAUACGUUUGUAGAUCGGAUGGGCCUACUUGGAUUCACAAGUCAAAAUCACCGUGGGAUGAUACAGGCGCCUGGUUUGGGCGGUGGACGACGCCAUUCAUUAUGGCUCAAGUCAACGGGGCUGUCGUUCGCUGGAGCCACGCUCUUCGGGAACAGGGCAGCAAAUCUCUUACUUACACUGAGUUUGCAGUGACGAAAGACUUCAAGACGGCGUUCGUCAACCACGUUGGACUGAUUAUUGUCGGUUCCAUGAUGCUAAAUCCUUUGACAUCGGGUUUGCUAAAAAAGUAUGUUUUCCCCAAGGUUGGCGAAGGUCCGUCGAUGAAAAAUAUGGAAGACAAACAUUAUUUGUGUAUAUUUGGUGAAGGAAUCGGUAUCAACGGGAACCGUGCUGAGUCCAUCAUGUAUUUUGAUAAGGAUGCAGGUUGCCUCGAAACAUCCCGCAUGUUGGUGGAAUCGGGACUGUGUCUAGCGUUGGAGGAAGAUAAGGUGCCAGCAAAGCACGGAGGUUUCUGGCCGCCGGCGGCAGGUCUCGGCAAUGUUCUAUUGAAGAGAUUGCUAGAAACUGGCACCAGCUUUGAGGCGAGAGCGAUUUCGGAAGCGAGCGUGCGCCAUUCGUUAGAGUAA